AUGACAAAAUGGAACAUUUUCCCUUUUGUGACAUUUUGUCGUUUUCUGGCUGCGUUGGUAUUUUGUCGUUUUUUGCCUGUGUUGGCGUUUUGUCGUAUUUUAGAUGAGUUGGCAUUUUGUCGUUUUUUGGCUGCGCUGGCAUUAUGUCGUAUUCUGCCUGUGUUGGCAUUUUGUCGUAUUUUCCCUGUGUUGGCGAUUUGUAUUUCCUAAACAUUGUUGUCAUAAUGAAGAAACAAAGAGACAAGAAGCUGUCUAGCCUUUGUUCUCU